AUGAGUAGCUUGCCUACUUCUCAAAGUGAUAGAAAGAAGACUCUAUACUCUCAUUCUCAUACUCAGACAGCUCAACAGGCCCCUAUUGACAAAGAAUCAGACAAAGAUGAUGUUACUCAGUACAUAGAAGUCACAGAGAAAGUCAUGAAGUCAUCUGCUAGUCAAGACACAGACACUCAUCAUGAAUCUGAUAAUGGAAUCUCAAGCUCAAGUGCUAUGUGUACAGCACUCACAGAAAUGUGUUCUGCUAGCAGUUCUAUACCUAGAAUGAGUCAAGAUGAUAUGAUAUUCAUGUCAUUUGACAACCUUAUGAUGUUCUGUGAUAGAAUGAGUGUGUAUCAGAAGAUCAUCUCUGCUGUGAACAAUUUCAAAUCUCAGAUCUGUGAAUAUCAAAAGAAUGUUCAAAAAGUCAUGAAUACUAAGACUGUAAUCAUAUUUGAUAGCACUAAUUAUCAGACCUGA